UUUGUCCGGAUGAUGAGGUGACAACCGACGGAACUUAGAGCAAAUGGACAGGAAAUCUUUCUUCUUUGAUCCACGCAGCUUAGAUAGAAUGCGCCACUCUAUAGAGACGUCGUUAUUCUUUCUCGGUUAUCAAAAACGUUUUCGAACUUUUCAAAUUUGAUCGUGUGUUAACUUUCGAGGAAGAUGAAAUUCAAAUGCACUUGGAGUUGUCGCUCAAGUUUGCCUUUAGUGACCAGAUAUUGAUGUUAGUUAUCAAAUCUUUUACGGCUCACCAAAGGAGGUUACAUGAUAACACUUUCUAAUUCAGGAUGUCUACUGCUUUUGCCAUAACAACAGUACUGCUCCUACUCGUUUUGGUAGAUAUCAUUGGAAAUUCGCUCGUUUGUGCGAUGAUAUGGAAAAAUAGAAAUCUCAGGACGCCCAUAAAUAUCCUUAUUCUCAACCUUGCUGUGGGGGAUGCCCUCUUCGCGGCGUUGAUUGCACCCAAACUAAUUGUGAGCGUCAAUAUAAGACACCCAGGAGGUUGGAUUGGUUCAGUUUUGUGCAAGUUGGUAACUGGUGGAGGCUUCGCAUGGGUUGCAGCAUUUUGUUCGAUUUAUACUCUGGUUGCAAUCGCUGUGGAAAGAUAUUAUGCAGUAAUUUACCCACGUGGUAAAAGAUGGACACUCAACAAUCACAAACUGAAGGUGAUAAUAACUGCCUCCUGGAUUAUCGCGGUGACGUGCAACAUCCCCAAUAUCUCUUACAUGAACGUCGCCAACGGUUUAUGCUAUGAAAUGUGGCCUGACGAUUGGAAGAUCAAGGCUUUUUCUUUAUUUGUUACCUCGAACGUAACCAUUGCCUUAUUGCUGAUGGUCGUGCUGUACUCGAGAGUCGUUUUUGCCCUAUGGUUCAAUCGAGGUAGUACUAAUCCGGCGACAGGUACAUUUCAGCAAAAAGGCAUAAUGAGAAUCCGCAAGCGGGUGACCUUAAUGGCUGUGGUUAUCAGUACCAUAUUUGGAAUCUGUUGGGGCACCAUCCAGCUCCUGUACACCUUGCACCUUUUUACGUCAUAUCGAUUGAAUCAUUUUGUGGUUGCCAUCUCCAAUAUGAUGGUAUUGUUUAAUUCUGCUGUCAACCCUUUCGUAUAUGCCCUGAUGAACCACAACUUCAGACAGAAACUAAGGGAAAUUCUUGGAUGCCCCAAGGCUAAGGUUAGUUUGACGAGUGAGCUGCAGAACGACGAUGUUGUCAACAAAAGCAAUCAGUCAAACAUCCAUGAUUCCUCAAACAAUAUGACAUAUCUGUGAAGCAGGAGCAAGAUAAUAAAUUGUGCUUUUUUUUACUCUGUAGUCGACUGACGCCUUUAAAAGACGCAAAUACAAAAAUUAACAGAAGCCAUUGUAACAGAGAGUUUAACGAAUACUUUUCAAAUGUAGACCAACUUUUUCCAAAAGUGGAAUAACAGUUUUUCAAAAAAAGUCCAACUGUUUUCAAACAUGGAUUUGCGAUUUUCAAACGUAGACCGCAGUCUUCGAACGUAACCAACAGUUUUCAUUGCAUGGGGCUAUGAUAAAGCUGUAAUAAAGUUUUUUAUUGAGAUA